AUGAGUCAAGAUAUACAGCAAGAGGAGCACGAUGCAACAGACGCUCUUUCGCUUUCUUCACCACAUGAGAAUGAACUGAUAGCAGAUUCAGGGCGAGUUCUGGAGGAUGGUCGUGUCAACAUUAACCUUGAUUCAAAGGUUGCAAGGGCAAUAGCAGAGAGUAUCAAUUAUCAACAAGAGCUCCGCAGCUCAUCGGUGGAUUACAGCCAGAGAGCCGCACAGGGGACAUCCUUUGAUUUGAAAUUAAACAUAGUCAUCCAGAUCGUCGGCAGUCGCGGAGAUGUCCAACCAUUUGUUGCUCUGGGUAAUGAACUCCAGAAACACGGUCACCGAGUUCGCAUCGCAACACAUGGCGUAUUUGCCGAUUUCAUUCACAGCUCCGGGCUAGAAUUCUUCCCCAUUGGCGGCAACCCAGCAGAACUGAUGGCAUACAUGGUUAAGAAUCCAGGUCUUCUUCCCCAGAUGAAGACUCUACGUGAGGGAGAGAUCGGGAAGAAGAAGAUUAUGAUUGGCGAAAUGCUUGAAGGGUGUUGGAGAUCAUGCAUUGAGCAUGAUCCGUAUACCCAACAACCUUUCAUAGCUGAUGCCAUUAUUGCGAAUCCUCCCAGUUUUGCGCAUAUACACUGUGCGCAGGUACUGGGUAUUCCUGUCCACUUGAUGUUUACAAUGCCUUGGAGCAGUACAAAAUCAUUUCCGCAUCCGUUGUCGAGUUUAAAGGCCGAUCCCCAAAAUAAUGGACUUGAUUCCUGGGUUUCAUAUGGUGUGGUUGAGUGGCUUACCUGGCAAGGAUUGGGAGAUGUGGUGAAUAGAUGGAGGGCUUCUUUAGAUCUUGAACCUGUUCCCAUGACUGAGGGUCCAAGUUUACAUGAGGCAUUAAAGAUUCCCUUUACAUACUGUUGGUCACCUGCUCUGGUUCCAAAGCCAAGGGACUGGCCAGGUCACGUUGAUGUCUGUGGCUUCUUUUUCAGGGACCCACCCCCCUAUGACCCUUCACCUGAACUACAGGAGUUCAUACUACUAGGAACGCCGCCAGUGUAUAUUGGCUUUGGAAGUAUUGUCGUUGAUGAUCCCCAAAAGCUAAUCAAUACAGUUCUUGCAGCGGUAAGAGCGAGUGGGGUGCGGGCUGUUAUCUCUAAAGGAUGGAGUAAUAUGGAUGAAGAGCAGGAUGAGAACAUCUUCUACAUCGGUGACUGUCCACAUGAGUGGCUCUUUCAACAUGUGGCCGCCGUGAUUCAUCAUGGUGGAGCAGGAACAACGGCAUGUGGUUUAAUAAACGGAAGACCAACAGCCAUCGUUCCUUUCUUUGGAGACCAACCCUUCUGGGGUGACAUGGUUGCCAACGCCGGUGCAGGGCCCAACCCUAUCCCACAUGCCUCAUUGACCACUGAAAACCUUGCGGCCGCCAUCAAAUUUUGUCUGACUCCUCAAGCUGCGACUGCUGCACAAGAGCUUGCUUCGAAGAUUCAAUCGGAAAGAGGCGUGACUGAAGCUGUCAAAUCAUUUUAUCGAAAUCUACCGCUCGACAGGAUGCGCUGUGAGGUUCUACCGGAUCAAGUGGCGGUCUGGAAAUACAAGAAGAACAACCGGUCACUCAAAUUAUCCAAGGCCGCUGUACAGACCCUGAUUGAGUUUUCACGAAUCAACACAGAACAACUCAAAUGCCAUGACAUCAAUCCAAUUUUAAUCGCAAAUCAUCGCUGGGACCCCUUGACGGGUGUUAUAUCGGCUGGUAUAUCCACAGGGACAACGAUGCUGAAGACAAGUACCGGGAUGAUCAGAGCACCAUACAAGGAGCUAACACGUACAGCUUUAUCACCAGCAGCUGGCCAAAGUCGACCUUCCACAUCUAGAUCAUUAUCAACACCCAACUCAACAGAACCCCGGUCUGCAACAAUCCAACCAGGGCAAACCCGGCCUACAAGUCCACGGAGUCCAUCAUCCACCGCCGGAAGAAUGGCUACCGCAUCAUUAAAUAGCUUCGGUCAAUUCACUACCGGUUACUUCAAAGGAGUUCUCGUGGAUAUUCCCACCGCUGCAGCCGAUGGAUUCCGGCGCGUAUCGCAGGUAUACGGAGACAAGCCCAAGGAGUACGGAACUGUAUCGGAUUGGAGAUCUGGGGCGAAAGUGGGCGGGAAGAAUUUCGUUGGAGGAAUCAAGGAAGGAGUUGUAGGUCUUAUGAAGCAUCCUUGGAGAGGGUUCCAGGAGGAUGGUAAAGACGGUGCUUUGAGAGGAUUGGCCAAGGGUGCUGCUGGGUUAGCAACGAAAGGCCCAUCUGCCGGAAUUGGAUUGUGGGCCUAUCCAUUUCAGGGUAUUGUGAAAAGCAUUGAAGCCAAGUUUCGGACGAAGACUCGGAAGGCAAUUGUUGUGUCACGACUCCUCGAUGGAUACGCUCAAACCAUAGAGAUGGGUAUGUCUGAGGAUGAUAAAGCUGCCAUCGUGGAAGAGUUCGAUCGACUCAUGCAGCUAGACUGA